ACAUUUGCGAAGCACUAUCUUAUCAGAAUUGUUAUUGAUGUCUCGUAUAAGUCAUACGGUUGUAAGAAAAUGAUACGCAAGCAGUUCUAAGAACCUCUAUCGAUAGGACAGAUGAUGAAUCACAGUUGAAUCAUCUGUGGUAUGAUGUUAUCUGCUUUGUCCUUGUCAUAUUUAUAUCGUAGUGAGGCUAGGAGCCCUAAAGUGUUGAAUUUUUGUGUUGGUGGUUGUCAAAAGUGCAUUUAGGAAGUGUUACGAAAGAUAAUUACCAUUGAAAAUCUUACUUUUAUCCAUGUUUUACCUAUAUUAAUUAAAAUGAAUAUAUGCAUAUAUAAAUAAUAUCAGUUACAAAUUUGACUGCAUCGGACUGCUUCUCAACCCACCAGACAUAACAGUCCAUUGUUCUACAUACCUAGUAAACAUGUACAUUUUUAUGUAUUAGGAUUGUAGCUGUUAUGGAGGCAGCCUGGAAGCACCCAAAGGAUGGAUAGUUUGCAUGUGGUCCCAUCUGGAAGUAGCAAAUCAACUAGUCGUAGUGCUUCCCCUGGUCGUCCGCUCCCUAGUUCACCCAGCAGCCACAUUUUGGUUACGAGCAGCACUUCCAGUCCUCAGAAUGCUUCAGUGCGACGAUCUGGAGAUGGCAGCAAUGGCAGUGGCAGUAGUAGCACAAUGAGUGGCUCGGUUAAAAACCGCCACAAGUCCCCAAUCCCAGUACGUAGGGAGAGGGGAGACAAAGAGAAAGGUUCUUCAGAUGGUGGAACACCACAUCUGCCCCGUCCAGAGCCAGUAUCCAACCAGGGCUCACAAGAGGAAGGAACCUCUCAAAGUGCUGGUACCGAGGAAGAGGACAUCUUCUUACCAUUGUCAUCACACUUGUCCAAUGGUUCUUCUGAGCAGGUUACAAGUAAUCUGUUGGUUGAUGAAGUUGAUGGACAUCUUACUGGUUCUUCAGACAUCUUAAGAACUCGGGCUGCUAUUGAACACAUGCAGUCCAAGAUUGGUCGCACAAGAGACCUCAUUCGUGGGGAACAGACCACAAGAGAUGAUAAUGUAAAUGAAUAUUUAAAACUCUCGGCAAAUGCUGAUAAGCAGCAAUUACAGCGGAUUAAGGCAGUGUUUGAGAAGAAAAACCAAAAAUCUGCACAGUCCAUUUCUCAACUACAGAAGAAAUUAGAAAGUUAUAACAAGAAAUUAAGAGAUUUAGAAGUGUAUGGCUUGCCAAGUAGUCAUCGUCAGCCUCGAGAAAUGCUGCGGGACAUGGGUCAGGGGCUUAAAAAUGUUGGUGGAAACAUCAGGGAUGGCAUCACAGGCUUGUCAGGGACUGUUAUGUCAAAACCAAGAGAAUUUGCACAUCUUAUUAAGAACAAAUUUGGAAGUGCAGAUAACAUCAACACUUUAACACGGAAUGGUGAUAAUGGGUCAGUUGAUGAGGAGAAAACUCACCAUGGUAGUGCAACCCUUCCUGGUGGUUGCAGUCUUGGUUCUACCCAUGCUUCGUCCAGUGCUGGAGUUAUAAAGUUUGCUUCGGAGGAGGGCUCGGAGUGCAGUUCUGUGACUAGCGGAAGCAUUCCAGCUGGUAAUAUCACUCAUCAGUUCUCACCCAACCAUCCUGCCACACUCCAUUUGGCAGCCACAUAUAGUCUGGAACCAAUAUUCACUGAGUUGCAAGAGAGACGUGAAGAAAUUGACAGGUUGAGGGAAGAAUUGGAAGGUGUGAAGGCCUUGCAGCGGGAAGUCACCUUCAUGAGUCAAGCACUGCAGGAAGAACGAUUUCGUAGUGAGCGUCUGGAAGAACAGGUGAAUGAUCUGACAGAGCUGCACCAGAAUGAAGUGGAGAAUCUGAAGCAGACCAUUACAGACAUGGAAGAGAAGGUGCAGUACCAGAGCGAGGAGCGUCUUCGUGACAUUCACGAGAUGCUAGAGUCUUGCCAGACUAAGAUUUCAAAGAUGGAGCAUCAGCAACAGCAACACCAGCAGUAUGUCACUCUGGAAGGCAUUGACAACUCAAAUGCGCGAGCUCUUGUGGUCAAGCUCAUCAAUGUGGUGCUUACUGUGCUUCAAGUGAUCUUGUUGCUGGUUGCCACCGCAGCUGGAAUAGUGAUGCCUUUCCUGAGAACACGCCUACGAGUCCUGACUACGACUGUACUUGUUGCUGGUGUUGUGUUUAUUUUGAAGCAGUGGCCUGAAGUGAGAGACGUGGGUAGUCACUUGAUUCGUCACCUGAAACAAGCAUUAUCUGUUAAGUAGUGUUAUGUUUCUAAUCAUGAUGAUUAUGGGUGUGCAAAGAGGCUGACUGUGCCACUCCCAGCUGCAGGAAAUGCAGAUAUCACAUUUACGUGAAUGUGAAAGUGUUGAAAAUUAUAUUGAUAAGAAUUGUGUGAUAGAAAGUUAGCCUCUAAGAACUAGCCAAAUGGGAUAAUGACUGAAGUCAAACAUGACAGCAGUCCAUAAAGUGGUUCAGACUGUGACAGGCAUAAAGUUGGGGUAUCAGACCACAAUACACAACAUUACUCUGCAUGCCUUUCAAUGAGUCUGUACCCAAUAGUAAACAGCCAUAACUUCCGUUCAGAAGCUUUUGUAAUAAAAUUCCUAGAACUGAGACUUAUUUAGUGUUACAGAGCAAAUUAAAUUGGUAUUUUAAGUAUCUAUAAGUCAGAUGAAACUGACACUUGGAAUGUAUGUACAGACUUAGUUGUCUACUGAAGAUGCACUGUAUUUACCCAAAUAUAUAAUGAAUUUCUUAAUUUAGCAGUGGAAGAAACAGGGACUAUGUUGUGAAUUGAACAAAGCAAAGUACUAUUCUAGAACAGAGGUCUGUGUCACCUUUAGGACAGUUUGCUCAUUUUAGUUCAGCUGUAUAUGUUAUUUCAUAACAGGAAAGUUUGUUUUUCCAUGAGUAUAAAUUGUGAAGGGGGUAGUCUUCAGUUUGGUUUGGUGUAAGUAUAGUUCAUAAUUGUGUCUUACAACUGUUUACCUUUGAAGAACAAAAAUUACGCACUUCGUUUCUAGAAACAGAGAUAGUGCUGGCCAGUGUUGAAUGGAACAGCUGCUACUUCAUCUUCAGCCACACAGUAAACAGGGUAGAGACAUGAUGACAUUAUUGAUCUCAAGAAUCUAAGUACAGCUGUUCUCAGUUUCCUAUGUGAUAAUUAUAUAUGUUUAUGUCAUAAUCUUAGCAAGGAAGCCAUGACAGGAAAAACUGACACCUUCCCCAUGUCUGGAGUGUGAUGGUGAGAUGUAAUACAAACUGUAGUCUGUAUAUUUAUUUGGCUUCAGUGAAAGUGGCUCACAGAUGUUUUUAAUUGUGAUACAGGUGAGUUGUGGACAAGAUUUGUAUAGCAAGUGUAUUUUAAUGUACUUGUUACUUCAAUGUAUCAUUCCAUUGAUGACUAAGAAGGGGCAGAACUGUUGCCAUGUGUUGUACAUCUGUACAGAAGCUGUGCUGUGUCACAUUCAGCUUUGUGGAAUAAAAAGUGAGACAGACUACUAUAUUUAGAAUUAUAUACUUGUACUCUCAAAAUUAAGGUAAACUUAUUUAUGUUAUUUGUACGAUGAGCAAGAUAAACAUCAACAGUUUUACAUUGGAGCUGUUCUUUCAACACUUGAACACUUUCCUUAUUAUCUUGAAUUAACUUAGGUUGAAAAUUUUAUCUAAAAUAUGUCAUCCUGACUUAGCUUGUAGUGGUUAGAAUGUGGCUGUGAUUUACUGUCUAAUUUAUUUUGUCCGUAGCAGUUGAGCUUCUCACUAUAUGGAGUUUUGAUAGCUCAUUGACAAGUAAUGCCUUUGGUGGAUUUCUUUUAUACUUCUUUGUCUUCAUGUGUCACAGUGCUUAUAUAUUAUUCCUUUGUUUUGUGGGUUUUGCAAGCAGUCGUAAUAUGUAUGCAUUGUGUAGUAUUGCAACAUUAUUGUUAUUUUGUGAUAGGGAACAUGAAAGCAUUUCUUGCAGUCAUGAUGGUGUAGUGGAAGACAUAUAUGUUGAUGAGUCAAACAGUGGUACUUCUUUGUUGGAAGUAGAAAUUAUAUACUCAGAUUCAGACUAUUCUGUUGACAUACAAGCUUGACAUUGGUUCUACCAAACAGCACAAAACAAGUUAGCAGAGCCCAAGCUAAUGUGGAAUACUAAUGAAGCUACUUUUAAGAUUUUCUUGUGUUAUGAAGUAUUUUGAAAAAUUAUUCGUGUACAUUACUUCAUUUAUAUUGAGAGGUCACAGAACUGAACUAAAGUAAGAUGCUUUUUUGCUGUCGCAAAUUUGGGGAAAAGAUUAAUAAGGCAAGUGGUUAAUGAGUAGGGAAAUUAAAUGAAUCUCAAAGGAAGAUUAAAAUUUGUAAUUAUUUAGGGUGAUUACAUUUAAAGUUUCAGAAUGAAUUAUUUCUCUUUUUAAAGUAUUUAAAUAUUUUUUGGAAGGAAACUGGGCACACAGCUCAUGCAUAUUUGAGCACUAAUGUGUUUGUAGCCUAAAGGUGUGCACCCUAAUUUUUAGCAGGUGUUGUAAUGUAUGUUGUAAAGCAAGGCAACAGCUUUAUAACUUACACACAUGCACAAAGACAAGCUGUUAUCUCUGGGUCACUUAAUGUAUAAGAGCAGUUAUAACAGUUGAUUGAGGUUCUACUGCGCAUGCAUGUGAAUGUAAUGUAUUUAUAUAUGGAGAAUGAAAGACAAUUUGGUAAAUGACUGACUACUGAAGUCAUUUUGAAAAUGUUUUUUAAGAAGGUUGUAAAUUAUAAAAAUAUGCAUGGGGUUUUAACAUCGUUGAAAGUUUGUACUCUGCUGUAAAUUUAAAUUGUAGCCAUAGUACACAAGUAUGUGAGGUUGCUGGCUGUAGGGCCAAGCGACAGUGUACUGUAUUGGUCACAAGCAAUUGGUAUUAAUGGCAAAAUAUAAAUGACUUAUGAUAACAUAACAGUUAUGUUGGAGUAGCACUGUACUGGGAACAAGUAAACCACUUUUUUUCCCAGUAUAAUGGCUCAAUCAGGUGAUUGUUAGUAAUUCAAAUAAUAUCUGGAAUAAAAAUUGUUCAUAAAUUCUAGCUAAUAAUGAAGAUGGAAACAGUUAUGCUAACAGCACCUUAGAAAGUCAGAUUAUAUAAUUUGCAACUGUGGUGUAAUGAUUAGAGUUAUUAAGCACCAUCUUUAACACUAAAGCCAACUUCAUAGAGCAGAAUACUUCCUGACAAACUGAUAACAGUUUAUCUCAUAAAAAAUUCCCCCUAUAUUGACCGGGUGCAUACAUAUUCGUAACAACCCGGCACUGGACGUUUUCUUGAGCCCGUUGAAUCCAGUCCACAUCCACUCAGUCUGCUCCUUAAAGAUCCAUCUUAAUAUUAUCUUCAGGAUUUCCGAGUUGAAUUUUAUAUGUAUUUCUAGUUCCCUCAAUACGUGCCACAUGCUGUAGGUUUCUAUCUAAUUCUCUUUUUAUUGAACUUACUAAUAAUGUAAUGCAUAUUAUAGAGUUCAAAUUGUAGGUUUAUUAUUUGUUUGCUAGCACCUCGAGAACACAGAUACCAAUUUUCUCAAAACUUGACAUGCUUAUUUUCUGAGACCAGAAAGAGAACACAUCCCAUAGUCAAAAUGUCAGGAAAAAUUUCCUGAGUUUGACACGAAGUGAGGGCUUUUCCAGUAGCUUGGAAACUGAGCAUGAUGGCAGAAUGGUCUCAGGGCCAAAGUUGUUUGUUUUGAAGAGAAGAACAUUGAAACGAAGGCCACAACCCCCCAAAAAUGUCAUGAGUUUGAUUAACGAUGAAUACGGUUUUUGUAACUUGGAAACUAAGGACCAUGGAGGGAAGACCAGUUCUUUUGGCAAGGAGGUUACAGGAGCAAUUUACUUAUAACUUAAAUAAUAUCUUCCUGUGAAUUAAGCUUCAAAGUCAUUGGUGCGGUAUAAUCCAAAAUAAAAUUCACUUUUGAUAAUAGAAUAUUUAAUAUAAUUUUGUUAUAUGGCACACUAAAACCCUGAUAUUCUAUAUGUGACAAAGAAGAUGAGAAUGGCAAAGUUUGUGGUAACUCAAACACUGACGUGAAAUUAUAAUCCUUAAAGUAUGAGCAAAAGGAAAGAAGGAAAUAAAAUAAAAAUCUUAACACAA